AUGUUUCGACGUACGCCCAAGCAAGCGGCCGCCAACGAGCUCGGUGACCCGACGCUGCUCGCUGCAGAAUCCAUCUUCUCGGCCAAGGAGAUCCAAAGCCUCCAGCUCCGAUUUCGGCGGCUGCUGCAAGGAAGCGACUCGACCAUCGUGGCGGCUCGGCUCUUGCACGAGCCGGAGUUUCAGUGCCAUGCGCUCGCACCCCUCUUGCUGCGUCACGGUCGCUUGGACUUUGACGCGUUCUUGCGCCUUCUCACGGUCCUCCACCCGACCAAGACGUCAUUGGUGGCCAAGCGCUCGGCCCUCUUUCAUCUCUACGACGUGGACGCCGACGGUGUCGUGUCGGCGAGCGACAUGAAGAGUGCGUUUCAGCGCUUGCGACCAGACGGCUCCAUCGACGACGUCCUCGACAAUGACGUCGCAGCCGCCUUUCACAGCGUGCCAUCGCAAAGCGGCCUUUCUCCGGACGCAUUUGCCCAGUUGGUAUCGGACGACGAUGUCCUCGCGGCGCUGUCGUUCCUCUUGGCCCACCGACACGAAGGCUGCACCCGGGACGUCGUCGUUCAAAAAGCGCUCGAAGGAUGCCAUCUGCACGUUGCAGAGUAUCUCCUCGCUCUCGGCUACCCGUUCCCGACCUCGACGCCACUUGUACACGACGAUUCCGUCAUCCUUGGCGUCCUGCAGCUUUUGGUCAAGCACGGCGCGUCCUGGGACGACGACUGGGUGAGCUCACGUACCAAGGCCAACCAAACGAUCCAGCUGGCGCCGGGCGCGGCAGCGCGUGCUACGACGUUACUGAUGGCUGACGAGGUUGUUAACUGGGCCUUGGUUCUCACCAUUGGUCAUCUCAAGACGACGGACGCGAUCGCAUUGGUCCAUGACGACGAGCUCAAGGCGCAGCUCACGCACCUGCUCGCAAAGAAGCGCAAGCGAUAGCCGCACAAGCCCUUGCCGCGCAAGCCCUCGAAACCGGGACGACGCGCACUCCAUCUGUGUGUUUGAUUGCUCUGCGAGUAGUGUUU